UGGCCGGGGUGGUUCCUCCUGGCCCUGUUAAUGUCGGGGCCAGGCCCGGGGGGCAUGGCGCCCUAGAGCCCGGCCGCGGGGGGCUGGGGCCGGGAGGGGCCCGGGUGGCGCCCGGCCAUGUCGGAGGUGACCCGGAGCCUGCUGCAGCGCUGGGGCGCCAGCUUUAGGAGGGGCGCCGACUUCGACUCCUGGGGCCAGCUGGUGGAGGCGAUAGACGAGUAUCAGAUAUUAGCAAGACACCUACAAAAAGAGGCCCAAGCUCAACACAAUAAUUCUGAGUUCACAGAAGAACAAAAGAAAACCAUAGGCAAAAUUGCAACAUGCUUGGAAUUACGAAGUGCAGCUUUACAGUCCACACAGUCCCGAGAAGAAUUCAAACUGGAGGACCUGAAGAAGCUGGAACCAAUUCUAAAGAAUAUUCUUACAUAUAAUAAAGAAUUUCCUUUUGAUGUUCAGCCUGUCCCAUUAAGAAGAAUUUUAGCACCUGGUGAAGAAGAAAAUUUGGAAUUUGAAGAAGAUGAAGAAGAGGGUGGUGCUGGAGCAGGGUCUCCUGAUUCUUUUCCUGCUAGAGUUCCUGGUACUUUGUUACCACGGUUGCCGUCAGAACCAGGAAUGACAUUACUCACAAUCAGGAUUGAGAAAAUUGGUCUGAAAGAUGCUGGGCAGUGCAUCGACCCCUACAUCACAGUUAGUGUAAAGGAUCUGAACGGCAUAGAUUUAACUCCUGUGCAGGACACGCCUGUGGCUUCUAGAAAGGAAGAUACGUAUGUUCAUUUUAACGUGGACAUUGAGCUGCAGAAGCAUGUUGAAAAAUUAACCAAAGGUGCAGCUAUCUUCUUUGAAUUUAAACACUACAAGCCUAAAAAAAGGUUUACCAGCACCAAGUGCUUUGCUUUCAUGGAGAUGGAUGAAAUUAAACCUGGGCCAAUUGUAAUAGAACUAUACAAGAAACCCACUGACUUUAAAAGAAAGAAAUUGCAGCUAUUGACCAAGAAACCACUUUAUCUUCAUCUACAUCAAACUUUGCACAAGGAGUGACCCUGACAUGAAUCGCCUGGAACUUGUGUGAAUCUUACCACUCAGUAGAAACCAACAUAGCUCCGUGUAGCACAUUCACCCUUCAACCGGCUGGAAGCAAGCCGUGCCCAUGCCAGUAGGCCAGAGCGAGUCGGUUCAUGGCGCAGCUGUACCACAGAACUUCAAGUCCAGCACACCACUGACGUGUCAGGCUCCUUUGGAUAUGGGCUUACUGUAGAUUCUGAAACAUGUUUUUUACUUUUUUCUAUCAUUUGUGCAAUUAAUAGUCUAUUUUCUGAUUUACCACUAUUCCUACCCUGCUUCCUGGAACAGCACUUACGGGUAGGACGUGCCCAUCUCCAGACUUAACACAGCAAUAAGAAUGUGUAGGGUUUACACAUCCGUUCACUUCCGCGCCAAUACGCUCUUUUGGUUUUCGAGUUAACUUCAAACUUUGGGUCGAGGAACAAAUUGGACCACUUAUGCUGCCGAAGAAGGAAAUUUAUAGGCUGCUCCUCAGAGGUGGCUUCAGGUCACCCUGAUGCUAGUUUUCCUGCUUAGUAGUAGUGUGCCUUGGCCAGAUUGGGAUCCCAUGUGGGAGCGUGCCCCAAACUGUAGCAGUGAUUUUUCCGGGUGACCAGGUUGUUGUUUUUGAAAAGUGAGCAUAGUUUUAGUCAUGUUGAUCAGCAGUACACCAUGUUGUUACUGUUCUUGAUGAUUCUAGGCUUCACGUCAGAUCAUCUCAUAAUAAUUACACAUUUUUAUGAGUAUUCAGCUGCCAUGAGGUAGCUGACAGGUGGUCUGUAGUGUCUUCUAAAUCAUCGAAGCUAAGAAUAAUCGAGUCAGACGCUAAUGAGAUAGUGCUGGAAUCAUUGCUGUUUUUCUGACAACUGAUUGUGAAACCUUAAAAACCUGCAUACCUCUUCUUACAGUGAUGAGUAUGCAAAUCUGGAAAGAUACUUUUUUUUUUUUAAUAUAGGUAGAUAGGACUGCCAUUUAUUUCCUAUUUAGAUAUACUGACAGUCAUUCAUAUGAAAAUAUGCAGGUCAUUAGCUUAUUAUAAUUUGACUAUUUACAUUAUUUUUGACUUAAUAGGGCAUAAAUGAAACUUUGAUAGUACACAGAAGGUGGAUAUUUGAUACACAGAACUCUGAGAUUUGUGGUGGGCUUUCUGUGGGUUAGCAGUAGAACCCACGUAUUUUAAUAUUCACUGUUCUAAAUGAACAAUGCCAGCAUGAAGGGAAUACGUGUCAGGACUUGGCCUGUUUUCCACUAGUGUAAUCCUGCUCAUACCAUUCAAUACGUUUGCUUUUUAAUUUGAGUAACCACAGUACAUCGUUUCAGCCCUUUCACUACUCCCAGGGAUGUAGUCUUUAAUCUCAGUUGUCUCUUAGGUCAGUUCUCUUCACUAGAUAGAUGGUAAUAAAACUCUAUGAGCCUGAAAGACUUCUCAGCCAAAUUUAGUCUUGUCUGUCAGUUUAAUUGGAUUAAUUCAAAUUCUAAAAUGAUUCCAUCCACAAUAGGUCUAGGGGAUGGAGAACCUGCCUUAAUAAAUUACUUCCUUAUUCAUUCAAGUCUUACGAGUUGUCAGAUCCCCCGACUGUAAGCUCCUCAAGGGGCAAGAACCCAUUUCCUCCAUGUCAUGUAAGUUUCUCAGGUGCGUGGCAGCACUCUGUUCCCUGUGGAGUACUCAGUCCCUUCUGUUGGAUGUUGCUGACGAGACCUAAGAAAUAAUCCCUUAAAAAACCUACCAUUAAAAUGUAGCAAGACUGA